AUGGCCGCCCACCCGGCCGACGACCUCGUCCCCCUCGUGAUCGCAGCUGCAGUACGUGCGGCGAAGAUCACCAGGGAGACGGAGCUGGACAAUUGCCUGGAUACUUCGGCCAUGGCAAUAUGGGCGAGAUGGAUGGACCAGAGUUUUAUCCCGAUCCCGUCACCGGUCUCGGGAAUGGCCCUAGAUGGGGGAGGCAAGGAAAUGGUGGAGGUUGGCAACAAUAGUGGCUCUGAGGUGUGGAAUAAUGACCAACCGGUCGCCAGCAGAGGAGACUGCUUGACUCACGGUGGAGGCCGCCGUGGUGGAGAGGAUUUCGACUUUUCUGAUGACUUUGGCGACUUUGGUGGCGGCCGAUUUGAGAGAGGACCACGCCGUGGCCCCGGAAGGAACCCUUUCUGUGGAUGUCCUCAUAGAGGACGGGGUCAGCUUCCUCCAGGCAUGGAAUUUGCUCCGCCAUGGCUGUUCGACGACUUUGACGAGGAUGAUUUCGAUGACUUUGAAACAAUGGCGUCUUUUGGAGGUAUGCCACUUGGACGACGGGAAAGGGGACCGCCGGGAAGUGGCAGAGGGGGCGUCAGAAUUACGCGAGAAGGAGGGCCUAUUGUGGUGAACAACGACUUUGGCGGUCCCCCUCACAGAGGCCCAGGACGAAGCGGCCUUGAUAUAAGGCCAGACGAGAACUACAAUGCUGCUGGCUACGACGGUGGCGGCUGCGACGACGACGACGACGAUGAUGAUGAUGACGACCACGACAAAGUAGUCAUGUGGGGUGGUUUUGGUGGGAGAUUCCAGCCUCGCGUCUAUCGGACUCGGAAUGGAGGGACCCUUCGCAUCCACUCUAGAUGUUAG